GCCGGUGAAUGUGGAGGGGGCGGGUAACAGAGACUAAGAAAAUUGUAAGGUCAUUUGAAUUGCUGUACCUAGCUAGCUAGCUUCCUCCAGGUAGUGGCACCAGAGAAAAUGAUUAGAGGGAUAAGAACGUGAGGAUGAAUUGAAUGGGAUCAAAGUCGAUCUAGGUGCCACAUGAGGGUAAUUUCGCAGCGGAAGAGCAGCAGCUAUCAGUGAGGACCGGUGUGAUAAACGCAUGAAGUAGCUUGCUAGCUAACUAAAACGCCAGAGAGGAAGGUUUAGCUAAGCCGAUCAAGGUGGAAUUGCGUUGAGCGAAUGAUUACUUUGGUAUAAUACAUCAAAUUUAACCAUUUCUACUGGGACGUUAUAUGAGGAUGUUGCGACUGGCCUGCUGCACUGCUCUGCUCUUCCUGUUGAGGCUGUUCCUUGGUCUACCCUGGCUGCAAGUCAUCCCCAGCCUACUCAUUUUCUACCUGGGUUCUGGUGGCUGGAAGUUUGCGCACAUCUUCAUGAAAACUGUGCAGAGAGACAUGCAUGCGGCCGGGGUGCUGCUGAAAGUGAAGAUGAAUGUGAGGAGGCACCUUCGCCAGCGUAACACCAUCCCCAAGAUCUUUGCAGAGACGGUGCAGCACCACGGCGAUAAGACGGCGCUGAUUUUUGAGGGCACUGGCGAGGCCUGGACCUUCAAGCAGCUGGACUCCUACUCCAACCGUGUGGCCAACCUCCUCCUGGAGCGGGGCUUCCAGGAGGGUGAUGUGGUAGCCCUCUUCAUGGAGAACCGCUCCCAGUACGUGGGCCUCUGGUUGGGCAUGACCAAGAUCGGGGUGGAGGCCGCGCUCAUCAACUUCAACCUGCGACUGGAGGCCCUGGUGCAUUGCGUCACCAUUUCCAACGCUAAAGCUGUGGUGUUCGGCAGUGAACUAACUGAGGCUGUGUGUGAAGUUCAUAACUCUCUGGGAAGAUCAGUGAAAAUGUUCUGCUCUGGCAGCUGGGACCCCAGGCGGGUCCCUGAGGGAACAGAGUGGCUGGAUCCACUGCUGGAGGCCACACCCACACAACAGCCCAGCCAACCACAGCGCUGCUUCACAGAUCGACUCUUCUACAUCUACACAUCAGGGACAACCGGUAUGCCCAAAGCUGCUAUUGUCGUGCACAGCAGGUACUAUCGCAUGGCUGCAUUGGUGUACUAUGGCUUCCGGAUGAGAUCAGACGACGUGCUGUAUGACUGCCUGCCUCUCUACCACUCUGCAGGGAACAUUGUGGGGGUCGGUCAGUGCCUGAUCCAUGGCAUGACCGUCAUCAUAAAGAGGAAGUUUUCUGCCUCCCGCUUCUGGGAUGAUUGCAACAAGUACAACUGCACGAUUGUCCAGUACAUCGGGGAGAUCUGCCGCUACCUAUUAAACCAGCCAGUGAGAGACACAGAGAGGCGGCACAAGGUCCGCAUGGCUCUUGGGAAUGGGCUGCGGCAGUCCAUCUGGGAGGAGUUCACCUCGCGCUUCAACGUGCCGCAGAUAGCCGAGUUCUACGGAGCCACCGAGUGCAACUGCAGCCUGGGAAACUUUGACAACAAGGUGGGUGCUUGUGGCUUCAACAGCCAAAUUCUGCCUUUCAUCUACCCCAUCCGUCUGGUGAAGGUGGACGAAGAUACCAUGGAGCUGGUGAGAGGCCCCGAUGGAGUGUGCAUCCCCUGCAAGCCAGGUGAGCCGGGACAGCUGGUGGGCCGAAUCAUCCAGAAUGACCCGCUGCGCAGGUUCGACGGCUAUGUUAACCAGUCAGCCACCAACAAGAAGAUCGCCAACAGUGUCUUCAAGAAGGGGGACAGUGCCUACUUGUCAGGUGACGUGCUCAUCAUGGACAAGUAUGGCUACAUGUACUUCAAGGACCGCACCGGCGACACCUUCCGCUGGAAGGGCGAGAACGUGUCCACCACAGAGGUGGAGGGGACACUGAGCCGCGUCCUGGAAAUGAAGGACGUGGUGGUGUAUGGCGUGGAGGUGCCAGGAGCUGAGGGGAAGGCUGGCAUGGCUGCCAUCGCUGAUCCCUCACACACCACCGACCUGGAGUGCUUCGCCAAGGACCUUGAGAAAGCACUCCCCGCCUAUGCCCGGCCUGUGUUCCUCCGCUUCCUGCCGGAAGUCAAUAAGACAGGAACCUACAAGUUCCAGAAGACAGAAAUGCGCCGGGAGGGCUUUGAUCCUAGCACAGUGUCUGACAGACUCUACUUCCUGGAUCCUAGUAGUGGGCGGUACGUGGAGCUGGAUCAAGAGCUCCAUCGUAACAUCCUUUCGGGGAAGCAAAAACUGUGAGCCCGACCCCAAAUCCACCAGCCCAUCCCCCCCAACUCCCCCACCCCCACCCCAAGUCCCCAGGCCCUGCUCCUUGUUACCUCGAUGCCCGCGGUUAGGGAGCAGGAGGGUUGCUCAGGCACAGUCAGAACUGAAGCUCAUCUCAUUCUGCACCCAGAGAGGGGGCCCCAGUUUACCAAAGCCAGUGGGGCGAGGAGCAGGAGGGCAUGAUCCACAGGGACAGGCAGGGACCAGGGAGCACACAAAACAGUAACUAGGGAAAGGAAGAAGAACACCAAACUGAACACCACCGGUCAUAACCCUCUCUGUCCAACCUGCAAAGCAUCCAGUGACCAACCCACUUCAUGUGACUAGCAGAUCCUACCCACACGGGAAGAGUUUGGAAGCCACCGUUGCUAGGUCAGCCCGUUUGCUGUGUGAACAGAGGGAUUUAGAAGAAUGGCCUGCUGAAUGAGCUGUAUGCUUCACAGUAAUAAUCCAGCGAUCUUAGCUGUGCAUUGGCUGGAUAAACACAAAUUUUACAACAUUGGGUAGGGUGUCAUAUUUAGCAUGUAGGAAAAAAAGAUGAGCAUAUAAUGUAGCCUACAUCAAAUACCGAACACAAUUACGUGGUAUUGACAGAGAAAUUUCUGAGUCAACAGUCUCCUGUCCUGUCAGCACAUCUGUAAAUGUGGGACUGCAUGCAGAUCCCCAGGGAGACAGACAGUCAUGCAGAAAGUGGAAUGCGGCGCUGGGCAGAUGGGUGGGGCUCACAUGUCAUGCAGGUUUGGCCGUAAGGGUUGGACUUCAUCUGGUCAGACUAUGGAUUGUGAUCUGUACAGGGAGACUGAAAGGUUUCUGUCUGCUGGGGUGUGUGAGGACUCUGCUUCUGCUAGGAGGUCAGGAUGUGCGGUGCAAUAUUUGGUGCUAUAAAGAGUGAGACUCCCUCACCUCUGCGCUGCAAGCAGCCAAAUGAUCCAAAGACUGUCCAGGAGGCUGUAGUGAAGAGAGAAGAGAAUGGGAAAAGGGAAAGACUUUUUUUCCUCCAUCACUUUUUGUUUUGUUUUGUUGUGUGAAUGAUCAACUCAAGCAGAGCACUGUGCCUUACUGUGACUCUAGCCCCCAGUCCCCAAUCUCUGUCAUCCCAGUCCUUGUCCCUUGAUGUCACCCAGAUCUACCCUGUGUUUCCCAACCCCUGUUCUCACCCAGCUUGGUUCUUCACAGGCACCUGUGUUAAAUCUUUGCAUGUAGUCUCUAGAGGGUUCAUCAUGCCAGUAUUUUCACAGUGCAUAUGGUGGAGCAGGGAUCCUCUGCUCUUCCGCUUCCAAACAUGUGAUCCACUUCCCUCAGAUGUCUUUGUUGUUUUAUUCUAACUGUAGGGAUUAGGAGGGCACCCUCUGCGAUCUCCUGUUUGUUGUGGUCCUAGUCGCAUACAGGACUGUGUUGUGUUAUGCUAGAGUUUUUCCACUUCUACCUCCCUGUCUCCAUCUGCGUCAAGAUCCUCGUUCCCAAGAUGGCACUGAGCACAAGGCAAGGGAAAGUGGGAACACAGAGGGAAGCUGGUCAGUAACCCUGCUAGCAGAGAUCCGAACUGAGCCACUUCAAAUUCAGAGUUCUUGGGAAUUGUGUCACCAAGGUUCAGGACCAAGGAACUCCUGGACAAAGAAAUUGGCAGAGAAGGAGGUGUGGGUGAAAAAGGAUCCUACCAGACCGUCUGUCUCUGUGUCUGUAGGUCAGGGGCAGGCAAACCAAUUCCUCAUAUUCUGUUCCAUCAGCGCUCUGCAUCACAAAGUUCGUUCAGCAUUUACGCUAAAGUAACGCCAAUUGCCGCAAGGUGUUUGGUAAGAUGCAGAGCUCCCCCAGUAACUCACAUUCUUUUAGCGUGGUGUUCCAUCCCAUUACACACUCAAGAGGGUGCAUGGAAACAGGAGCAGAAACAUUUCUGGUAUUCCAGGAAGAGGAUUGCCUGCACCUGGUGUAAGCUGUAUUAUUUUGGAUGGCAAUUCUACCGUCAGUUCUGAUGCCUCCUGUCCUCUCCCCCACUUGCUUGAGCACGUCUGAUGGAGUCAACUUAUUUUUUUAUGUAUUAAAUUAUUAAUUUUUUAAUUUAUUAUUUUAAUUGUGAAUCACCAUAGUUGUAGUGCAAUGUGUGAUGUUUUGGGGUUUUUUUUUUUGCUUGUGUUCAUGGAGAAUAUAAAGGGAAGGAGAGGUAGACCUGAUGGCCACUUGCUCAUUCCUGCUGGAGAGAAUGUAGGCCAAAUUUCUCCAAGUGUUUCUCUCUGUUCACUCAGCGUCCAGUUAUGGGACAGUGACAGCCUUCUAGGGGGCACUAACGCAGCCCCUUAGCUAGGUUUGUUACGGCUUGCUGAUGGUCUCAUCAGGCACACAUUUGGAAAACAUCAGAAGACCUUAUUUGAAGAUUGCCUAAAGCCUGGAAUGUCGCUGUUGUGAAAUUUGUAGGAAAUGUUCAGCAUAUGGAGCUGUCCCAAUUUCAGGGAACCUGUCUGCAUUCCUGCAAACCUAGUUCCAGCCCCACCUGAAUUCAUGUGCAAAUGCAAGAAGAGUCCUUAACUGUGAACAACAUGAAAAACAACAGAUAGCACAGCUGAGUAAGAGUAAAGCCCCAUAUAAAUGAAGCAGUGUGCAUCAGGCUGAAAACUGAUGUUCUCUUUGCUUUUAAUAAACCAAAAAACACAAAUAUUUACUCAUGGUGAUGUGCGUCAGCAGAAGCUUGAGUGAGAAAGCAUCAUUGGAAAUGCCACUCUUUUCUGCUGCCUAUUGUAAUUCUGUUGAAGUUCAUUAGUCUGGCCUGAGGGUGGUGGUGUUUGCUUCACUUGACCAGCAGUCCCAGGGUUGUUUGGCAGCUGCUGAGACCUCAGUCUGCUUGAUUGCAAUUUUCAGCCCUAUGUAUAUCAUCAAAUGUGAAGACGUAUACAGGAAUUUGUGUUGGAAGUGUCAAUGCAUUGCAUCACAGUGUCAUGGAAGAUUAAUAAAAUACACUGCAAAAUAAUGUUGAUUGAUGCAACUUCUUGAUCUUUCCCACUUCACCACACAGUUCAUGCUAUCAAAUUUGCAAAG